CCUAUGGGUGGCAUGGGUUGAACUAUUCGCUUAUUGGUUGAUCGACAUGCGUUAGCUGAAAUCGACUAGGCAUGUCUGUCAGCAAAGAAAAGAGGAAGUCACAAAUUCGCACAUCACACACAAAAAAAGUUCUGUAAUUGAAGAUGGAGGCAUAUAGUUUGGAUGCGAUUGCGAGGGAUCUCCGUCUAUUAUCGGAUAUUGCUGACACCAAUGCUUCCAAAGACUACAUACUGUUCCGAGUGGAACAAUUGUUGGAACAGUUAAUUUACUUUCACGAAAUAAGGGACUUAGAGAUCGAUAAUGUUGUAUAUAACAAUUUGUGUGAAGUCAUCGAGCAACUACAUGUUGAAGUGGCGAGUUGUGAUGAUGGCGGACAAGUUGGCCGUCCUUUGCUGGACCUCUCGACGGAAGCCGUGGAGACUUACUUGUUAGUGGGUCUGACAGUACGCGAAAUAGCCGACCUACUUGGUGUCAGUGAGAGAACAGUCCACCGUCGAAUGUCAGAGCAUGGUAUAAGAGUUUCUGACAUGAAUAAUUCCAUUGACAACGCAACGUUGGAUGCAGCUGUCACAGAGAUCCUAGGUUGUCAUCCAAAUUCUGGAUACAAAAUGAUGCUAGGACAUCUCCGGGCACGAGGUAUAAAGGUUCAAAGAGUUCGUGUGCAAGAAUCCAUGCGACGUGUGGAUCCACAGGGAAUUGUAGUCCGCACACUACAACUACAAACUGUCAGGCGUAGAAGAUAUUCUGUGCCAGCCCCCAACAGUCUAUGGCAUAUAGAAGGCAACCCUAAACUCAUAAGAUGGAGAGUUGUGGUCCAUGGUGGAAUUGAUGGCUUUAGUCGUCUAAUUGUCUACCUUCAAGCUGCCACAAACAACCGUGCUACGACUGUGCUGAACAGCUUCAUGCGAGCUGUCCAAACCUAUGGAGUACCAUCCCGUGUUAGAUCGGAUAAAGGGGGCGAAAAUGUCGAAGUAGCACGAUAUAUGGUGUCACAGAGGUGUGAACUGCAAUGCUCACAUCACAGGAAGAAGUACACACAACCAAAGAAUAGAGAGGUUAUGGCGUGAUGUCUUUGGGGGAGUGCUAGACCUCUUCUACUCUUGCUUCUGCAAUAUGGAAAGUCAAGGCCUACUCAACCCAGAUGAUGAAAUCCACAUCUAUCCAUUGCACUGGAGCUUUCUGCCACAAAUACAGUCUCACCUUGAGUUCUUCAUGGAUGGAUGGAAUCACCACACACUGCGUACUGAAAGAAAUCAGUCACCUCUUCAGUUAUGGACUCUAAACCAGCGUGCGGAACAUGAGUCCUCCCAGCCAGACACAGAAUAUGGCAUUGACUGGGAUGGUCCACAUGGUCAUCACCAUGUAGGUGUCACAGUCCCUGAAGUGCAGCUGCCACAGGCCUUGACUCCUGAAGAAAUUCAGCAGCUGCCAGAACCCCGUGGGCCCUUUUCUGAUGUACUGAAUGUCUACAGUGAGACAGUAUCCGUCCUACAUGAAAUAUUUGGACUUGUUUGAAGUGGCAUGUUAGUUGUGGUUGAUAUGUCAGUACUUUUACGCAGUGUGAAAAAAAUAAUAAAGGCAAAGAUUGUUUUUCAGCGAAGUAACAUUUUUUUGUUGAACAGUAACACAAUACAAAUAAUAACAGUAAUGUAACAUUU